UCGGCGCGGCGGUAUGUGGAAUCACUCGCCGUGACUAUGUUGAUGAUGAUUCAUUCUGCAGAAACUGAUUAGUGAUACGUGUUUUGUUCUUUUCGGUGUUGUGUCAAUGCAGUUUUAGUGUUUUAAUACAAAAACAAUAUAUUAUUAAGUGUUCUCCAGAGUACUGUAUAAUUCGAAUGUGGUUUUCACCUUCACUGUGAAGUUUUCAGGACGCUUUCAGUUCCUCCUCCCUCAAAAGUAGGGUUAGAGAAAAUCGCUGUCAGUUAGUUUCGUUUUCAAAAUGGCUGCAAUUAGAAAGAAAUUGGUUAUUGUAGGUGAUGGUGCUUGUGGUAAGACUUGUUUACUAAUAGUGUUCAGUAAAGACCAAUUUCCUGAAGUGUAUGUUCCUACAGUUUUCGAAAACUACGUAGCUGACAUUGAAGUAGACAACAGGCAAGUGGAACUGGCUCUAUGGGAUACUGCUGGUCAGGAGGAUUAUGAUCGGCUCCGCCCUUUGUCAUAUCCUGAUACUGAUGUUAUUUUGAUGAGUUUCUCCAUCGAUUCCCCAGAUUCACUGGAGAACAUCCCAGAAAAAUGGACCCCAGAGGUAAAACACUUUUGUCCUAAUGUACCCAUAAUUUUGGUUGGUAAUAAGAAAGAUUUGCGAAACGAUCCGAACACCAUUAAAGAACUAGCCAAAAUGAAACAAGAACCUGUGAAGCCUGAGGAGGGACGUGCCAUGGCUGACAAAAUAAAUGCUUACGCUUAUCUCGAGUGUUCGGCCAAGAGCAAGGAAGGCGUACGACAAGUAUUCGAAACUGCAACAAGGGCGGCAUUACAACAGAAGAAAAAGAAGAGGAAGGGAAAAUGUAGGAUCUUUUAAGACUGUAACUUAUAGCCUAUAGGCUAGAAACUUUCUCACGAAGUGUAGGUUGGUAAAACCCCGAAAACCUGUAAAGUUUUACAACCUAGCCUAUUUGUCUAAGUACUUACAGAAACCGUAAGUUAGCUUAGGCCUUUUUUGAAAUGAAACUAUUCUUUAUAAAUCCAAACAAAUGCUUAUUCAUUAGAUCAGACUCGGAAUUGUCUACCUUAUUGAUAACAACUGCCAUGAUAUGCUUGGUAAUUAUUGCAAUUAGGGUGACCUUUCAAUCGUUCAUGUUUGUGUUAGUCAAUUCAAAGUAAAGAUGGUGACAGAGACCAGCAGACAAGAGGCAUUACAGUAACUUAAUAAAAUCCAAACGAUCGUAUUUUAUUCAGUUUUUGUGACUGCAGAAAAAUCUUUGCACCAUUGUUUUCAGGUAAAAAUCUAGUUUCUAAUGAUAGCCUAUAGCCUAUAAAUUACUACAGUACGCUUGGUCACCCUAGUCCCAAUAAUUUCCUUAGAUCAGACUCGGAAUUGUCUACCUUAUUGAUAACAACUGCCAUAAGAUAUCUAUGCUUUUAUAGGCUAGUCAUAAAUCUUAUCGUUCGCUCCAAUAACUUGUUUACUGAUUUAUUAAGUUUUAAAAAAACUGACGUGUGCCGGUGGUACACGCAGUGGCCCCCAAAACUCCGACGUGCCCCACCAGUGGGCACUGUUCCUACGGUAAUUGUACGCAACAAAACGACAUUUCGUGUCUUUGUGAGUGUUUUUACUAUGCAUUCGUGUUUGUAGAAGCCACUUGAAAUGUGUCCAUGGGUGGUAACCUACAUGAACAACCGAAUUCAAGUUAGCCUACAUUAAUAAUCAAACACCAAGUUAAAAAAAAUGUGUUUUUAUUUUAACUUGUUUCAACAACAAAAACUAACUGCCUAGUUUUAAAUUUUAAAAAUUGAACUAAAAAGUCAUUUUUACUGCUCAAAGUCUGUUUGUAAGUUCAUAGCAUGUAACUUAUUUUCAACGGGUUGAUAAAUGCUUUAAUUAGCAUAAUUUUAUUAGGCCUCUCUCAUUUUGUUACUGAAACUGUGCAAGGAGGCCUAGGCUCAGUGUUCAGAUGAUAAAUAAUUUUAAUUAUAUAGGCUAUCUAGAAAUAUUCCUAUAAACACACUUGUAUUUUAUGAAAAUUAUUGUAUUUCGUACACAAAUUUACUUUUGACUUUAAUUUUUAUUGGUACGCCACUCGUGGCCACCUGAAAGCGAACAUGUUAAGUAGGUAGGUACCGUACAACUUAAUCUCAGCAUUAUUAGUUUUUUUGUGGAAUGUGGAAUUCUGGAUUAAAUCUUAUCAACGAUUUUGAAAACCGUUAAGAGGCUGAAGUUCGAUUGUUAUAGUUAAGCGAUGUAAAAACUUUGAGUUUACAGACAUGGACGUUCAAAGACUUAAGUCAAACGAUUUAGACUUAUGUUUAACCUAAAUUACACCACUGCUAUAAUAAAUACAGUAUUGUGGAUAAAUACAGUAUUGCGGAUGCCUAUGUUUAGGCUACUUAUUGUUGUUUAUUUUACAUAAGUAACAGAAUUUUAUUUCUACAUCUAACUGUUCUGUGUUCUCGUAUUUUAUUUUUCACAUUCUGAACCAAUGUUUUUGUUGUUAACUUUGUUUAGCCUAAACAGUACCUACAAAAAAUAUAUUCCUACUUCCUUACAUUUAUUCCAUACCUACGGUAGCCUACUAAAAACUUAGGCCUAUGUCCAUGGCUCCAUAGUACCUAAAUUCUGUACCCUGUAUGGACAAAAAACGGUUUAUCUUGCUUCUACAGUUACCCUUCAUUACGUAGAAAUAGCUUGAAGUCGAAUUAAGGUUUAGCGUUUAAAAGUCCAGUUCUACCUAACAUGAUAUACAUACACCUCUGUAUCUUGAAUUUUUUGUUAAACCUUUUGGUAAAUCGAACUUUGCUUAGUACUAGGAGAAAAACUCAAUAGGCUAACUUGAAUUCUUGCCAUUCAGCCCCCUCAGUUAAGAGAUAUUGAGGUUCUACUGUGAGUCUAAUCUGUCCUAUUAAGUUGACCGAGUCUAUUAAACCUAGUUUUUGUUGUUUAAAUAUUGAUUUGUUACUAGUAGUUUAUCAUUUAACUUUUUACUCUUCUCAUACUUCUCCAUACAACUUAGACUCAUCUAAACUCUCCAUGUGGAUGGAUUCCUAAACUUAACUAGUUUUUGAACUCAUUGAGUUGUUCCCAACAAAAACAACCAAUAAACUAACAUGGUAUUUUAGAUUCAGCUUGCAAAAAACUCAAGGAAAACACUUAGGUAAAAAACCGAAACUGUCUUGUUCCUUUCAAUUUAACUUUCAAAACAUCUCUUGUUUUGUACCAACAGAGAAGUUCAUGCAUUUUACAAAUUACCACAGUUUUAUGGAUAUAUAUUUCCAUCGCCUCAUUGAUACAAAAAUUGCAAAUCCACCAAAAGGUAAAAUUUAUUUUUUCAAAUCUAGCUGGGAUCAUGGAAUACGCCUUUCAACUAAUUAACAAUACAGUAAUACGUUGGUAAGCUUGAAUCUAAAAAGAAAACAAGCCAUAUGGUUUUCGAGGAGUGAUGUACACUUAUUUUCUGGGAAACAGGCAAACUUGGCAGUCAAUUAUUUUGUAAACUAAAUCAAAUCCAAACCUUUGGCCUAAUUUUUUGCUCAAUGUAAAAAUUGCCUACACUUAUAGUUUACGAUGAGCAAUAUUUAUUUUUUCUAUAUUUUUAUAUGUGAAUAUUUUUGUUGUAUAUUAACAAAAGUUUAUUAUUUUCUCGAGCGCAUAUUUAGCACUUUAUUUUAACUGUAGGCCUAUUAGUUUUUUUGUAAUUAGGCUACCAUAUUUAUGUAUUAACCUAACUGUAGAAAUAUGUAUUUAUUAUAGCCCUAUGUGAUUAUUGCACAAACGAUGGAUAGAGAUGGAUAUUUAAAACCCAAGGAAUGAAUCAUGCUGCAUUUUAGAAGUGUUGAUUUAAAGGAUUUUUAAAUCAUUGAAGAUGUAUAUGAAUAUUUGUUAUAAUAUAAAUUUUACAUAUUA